AUGGCACCAAAGAAGGACGUAAAGAAACCAGCGGCAGCACCAGCACCCGCGCCAGCACCAGCACCCGCUCCUGCACCAGCUAAACCCAAAGAACCCGCAAUCGAUCUCAAGAGCAUCAAGAUCGAGUUCUCCAAGGAGCAACAGGAUGACUUCAAGGAGGCCUUCCUCCUCUUUGACAGGACUGGUGAUGCCAAGAUCACCCUGAGCCAGGUUGGCGAUAUCAUCCGGGCACUGGGGCAGAACCCUACAAAUGCUGAGAUCAACAAGAUCCUGGGCAACCCCAGCAAAGAGGAGAUGAAUGCCAAAAAAAUUACGUUUGAAGAGUUCCUGCCCAUGUUGCAAGCAGCUGCUAACAACAAGGAACAGGGUACCUAUGAAGACUUUGUUGAAGGUCUGCGUGUCUUUGACAAGGAAGGCAAUGGCACAGUCAUGGGGGCUGAACUCCGUCACGUACUGGCUACUCUGGGUGAGAAGAUGACAGAAGAGGAAGUAGAUGAACUCAUGAAAGGUCAGGAAGACUCCAACGGCUGCAUCAACUACGAGGCGUUUGUAAAGCAUAUUUUGUCUGUCUAA